CCAUUUGCCAUUCCUCAUUCUAAAGACUGACAACCAUGAUGAUUAAAAUUAUCAAAAUUCUUGUGUUAUUUUCCGUAGUUCUUGUAAUAGAAGCAGAUUUUGAUUAUUGUUCGUUGACAUGUGACCAUGGUAAAUUUCAACAUACUGUUUGUAUCAGAAAAAAGGAGCAAUGUGGCAAGGGUCCAAAAUGCCACCCAAGCUUUCGACAAGUAGCCCUUACUGACAAGAUGAGAAGAAUCAUUCUAGAUCGCCACAAUGCACUUAGAAAUAAAGUAGCAACUGGACAAGAAAAAAUAGGAAAUCAACCUUCAGCUUCAAAUAUGAGAGCCCUGAGUUGGAGUCGAGAACUAGAAUAUAUAGCACAAUGUUGGACAAACAAUUGUCAGUAUAAACACGACGACUGCAGAAGAACUAAAAAAUGGGGGGGAGUAGGACAAAAUGUAGCUAUACAGUCUACUUACAAUUUUGUCUUUAAAGAUUUGGACGCAUUCGAAAGGUCAAUUAAGGCUUGGUACAGUGAAGUAAAAAUUUUUAAUUCGUCAAUGCUGCCCAGAUAUGAGUCAAAAGGGGAAACAAUCCAACACUACACUCAAUUAGUGUGGGCUAAAACUGACAACGUUGGUUGUGCUGCAACUUUCUACAAAAAUAGCACAGGAUGGAACUUCCAUUUGAUAGCUUGCAAUUAUGGACCUACAGGCAAUUACAAAUAUAACUCAGUGUAUAAACAAGGUCCGCCUGUAUCAGAUUGUGGAAAACUGCCAGUAAAUAAAAAAUACCGCGGAUUGUGUGGACCUGAUAAUCUCUAACAACCGAACUAGUGUAUUUUUUGUAAAAAAUUAAUAAAAUAAU